AUGAAGAGAUCGACCCAGCCAAGUGGCUCCACUCCCGGGAAACCGGCUGGUAAAGUCAACAGAACUGGAGGUCAAAAUAACAUCAAAUCGAGAAAGAAUUUGUUUAAUUUCAAGCCAGAAAAGGUAAAAAGAGUCGAAUUACACGAAUUCCUUCUGAUUUUGUAUUUGAGUCAGUUAAAUGGUCUUUUAUAAGAUACUUAUUUGUCAUUAUUGAAGAAUGUUUUUCACGUGUGAAUAAAUUAUACAUGUACAAAUGUAGCCUCCAACAAGAGAUUGGCCAGUAUCCAUAGAUUGUGGAUUAGAAUCCAUUAUUUCUUGUAGUUUUACUCAGAUAACAUUAGCAGUAAUUUUAUGUUUUCACACUCGCACUGUGAUGAAAUGAAACAUUUGACAAAAUUUUAAAAAAAAAAUCAUAAAAUAAAGUGUGGCUUUAGAGAUGUUACACCAGCCACCUCCACCACAGGGUUUAUCAAGGAUGUCUUUUUGUUUGUGUGUUUAUAUGUAGGUUUACUUAUGUUACCAUUUAUUUAAUAUCUUCAAGGUCCCUCAUCCACCUCAGUCCCCAGUUUGGUCUGUGGAGGAAAGGCGAGCAUUGGUUGAGUAUAUUGCUCUAUUUACCCCAGUGGAACAAGAUCAAUUGUUUAAAUGGCCUUCUUUCAAAGACAUCAAUUUCUGGGAAAAAUGUGCAGAUGCUCUGGCCUGUACAACUGGAAUGCCACGACGAUCAGGUAAACAUAUUUCACUCCAGGCCGUAGUAGGGCAUAAUUUUUGGUCGGCAGGAUAAUAAUUAUAUGCAAGAGGUUUGUCCCCUAGUGGCGGUGGUGAUAAUGAUGAUGAUAUUGAUGAUGUCUGGGUUGUUUGCUCUUAGUCAUUCAAAACAUCAGCUUUUGAAUACAUUGAUAGUGUGCGAUCUCCUACACAACUCAACUAGUUAUUUUAUACAAUGUAAUAACUCUGUAAUGAAGAGAUUAUAACAUAGUGGAGCAGGCCUGAUAGUGGUUUGUCUUAAAAUAGGGUGGAGGGAAGGUAGCAGUUGCUGAAGGUUUUAGUUCAAAAGGAACUUACAGUGGCUUACAGUAAGUGAGGUGAAACAAACCGAUUUAUAUUUUCUUUUCUUUUUCAGGGAGUGCAUGCCGUUAUCAGGUCAACUCCUUCCCCAAGCGUAAAAGGUAUGCAACACUGGAGGAAGCAGAAGAUGACCUCCAGGUCAACUAUUUUAGUGGUGGAUUGCAAGACAUUCAUUAUGAAAAUUCAUCAACACUAACAUCUCCUGGGAAUGUAAAUUCGACUCCACAGGCGAUGCUUGAGAAGAACACCCCAUUAUCUCCAAUAUUGGCGCACUCUCCACAUGCCAAUUCAACAAACCAUGAGACAUACAAUCAUGGAGAUACCAUUGCCAAGGUUAUUAAACUGUUGACAUUGAUGACUUCGCGUAUGAGAGGGGACUUGAUCCAGAACUUAUUUUGGCAGUUCAUGUUUUUAGAACUUGAUCAUGAUUUUCGAGCAUUUAUUCCUUCUGACUUUAUUAAACUAUGCUGCAAGGGCAUUAAUGUACUUCAUAGCAAUGGCAAAGAAAAUGUUCUUUAUUACUUGGCCAGGGGACUUGGAAUGUCACGGAAAGAUGGUUCAGGUCCACGGCUCCCUAUUGACAAGAUGCCGUUUGGAUUAUUAAGCUACAAUAUUCGCUAUUUUGCUAUGGACACUGUGAACAACAUUUCAUCAGACCCCAUUUUGUGGAGUGGGAGACAACUAUGUUCUCCAACUUUGGUCAUAAAUGGAUUUGCUUACAGAGGGGACCAGGGUUUGCCUAUGAUGAGACUGUUGUUGAUGAUUCCUCAGCUGCAGCUUGUAAUAGCACCAGCAACACAAACAGCAGUGAGCAAGGUUCCUCAAGUAUCCUUCAACAAGCAUGGAAUGAAACAUUUCAAGUGAGUACCCAGAAUGGGGUACAAGAUGAGGUUGAAGACCAAGAUACCACUAGAGAGAAAGUUGGGGCAGAUGACUGCCUUGAUGUAGAAACCCUUGUUGACACAGAUGACCCUCUUGAGGUUGGAGCCAUUGUUCAGACAGGAGAUGGGAUUGAGGUUGAAACUGUUGUCGAGGCAGGAGACCCUCUUGAGGUUGGAACCAUUGUUGAGGUAGGAGAUGGGCUUGGGGUUGAAACAAUUGUUGAGGCAGGAUAUGGGCUUGAGGUUGAAACCCUUGUUGAGGCAGAAGACGAGCUUGAGGUGAACGACCAGGUCAAUGAAGAAGUGAGCUACCUUUGGGCACGACUUGGUUCUGAAGAAAAAGAACAAAUUGCAAACGGCGAUAGACCAAUAGAACUGGAAACAUUUCAUGGUAUUCGCCCACAGGCACAUAAAAAAGAAAAGGACAGAAGUGGAUCCGAUGAAAGCUAA